AUUAUUGCGUGAAAGCUUCCAAGUUCCAACCACCCUGGACCCGGCUCUCUCCCUCUUCUCAACCUACAAAUUAAGCUAGCCGGCCUCGCGCACGGGGCAUGCACCUCACGCAACCAAACCUCGAACCUACCACCACCACCGAUCGAUCGAGCUCGCACCUGAUUCGUCCGUCUAGUCCUGCACACGACGCAGCAGCAGCCAGCCAUGGCGCCGGCGUUGAAGGUGUUCGGGCCGGCCCGGUCGACGAACGUGGCGCGGGUGCUGGUGUGCCUGGAGGAGGUCGGCGCCGAGUACGAGCUCGUCGACAUCGACUUCGCGGCCAGGGAGCAAAAGAGCCCCGACCACCUCAAGCGCAACCCAUUCGGCCAAAUCCCAGCUUUCCAGGAUGGGGAUCUGCUUCUCUUUGAGUCCCGCGCAAUCGGGAAGUACAUCCUGCGCAAGUACAAGACGAGCGACGCCGACCUGCUGCGGGAGGGCGACCUGGCGGAGGCGGCCAUGGUGGACGUGUGGACGGAGGUGGAGGCGCACCAGUACAACCCGGCUCUCUCGCCGGUGGUGUACGAGUGCGUCAUCUACCCGGCCAUCCACGGGACCCCGACCAACCAGAGGGUGGUGGACGAGAGCCUGGAGAAGCUGAGGAAGGUGCUGGAGGUGUACGAGGCGCGGCUGUCGGAGAGCGCCUACCUCGCCGGCGACUUCGCCAGCUUCGCCGACCUCAACCACUUCCCCUACACCUUCUACUUCAUGGCGACGCCGCACGCGCCGCUGUUCGACGAGUACCCUCACGUGAAGGCGUGGUGGGAGAGGCUCAUGGCGAGGCCGGCCAUCAAGAAGCUCGCCGCCCGUAUGGCGCUUCUUAAUUAAUUAGUUCGCUGGAGGACGAGGACCGAUGGGAAAUUGGGAAUGUUCUUCUUGAGGAUUAGUCUGAAUUUUUACGAGCGUCGCGCGUUUGCAUUUUGAUUCAAUAAGAUUGCAGCUGAAUUGAUGGUUUUUCUUGAAACCGGACGGUGCAAUUUUCUUAGCGGCAGCAUGUUUGGUGUAUCUGCUUAUAUGUAUUAGUACACAGAUUUCUUCAGAAUAUAUAGGUUGUCUAUAUAUUAAUGGACAUCUGAA